GUGAAAGAUGCUUACCCAUGGAAGAAGAUUAUGAUCAGAGGCACCACCUGUAACAUCUCCCUGAGUCUGGAAAUUCUGUCCCUCCCAGACACAAUGACAAUCUCUUGCAGGAUGUAACUAUCACAGCAUGGCACUAUCAACAAGCACACACAGAUAAGUACAUGUUGAUUUGCUCAAAGUUAGAUGUCACUGUGUGUGCUCUCUAGUCCUGUAUUCAUUUGCAGUCUGUUAUUUCUGUAUUUGUUUUCCUGCAACUGUAAAGAUGGGGAAUGCAGAGACCCACAUCAGGAGGUCCCAUGGUGUACAGCGGAUCCCCCAGGAUGUACAAAUAAUCACACUGUACGCGAACUAGACCAUCUGAAGAACUAGAAUGGCAUCAUUAGUGCUGUAUGUCAAUUUACUAUUUAUAACGAUAAACCGUUUCAUACUGAAUGCUGAAACAAAGAAGGCUGCUAGCAGUCUUUAGAAAAUGUUCUCACAAUAACCACAGGAAGUACGUGAAACAAAGACCUGCAAUUUUUUGGGGGGAAGUUUCAUGGUGGUAGUGUAUGAUCCUUGGUCUUCAAGGGUAGAAGUUGUUCCACUGACACAGAGCACAGAAUGAUUCUAACCCUCUGCGUUUUUAUCCUGUGCAUGUGAUGAAUUCUAUACCUGACUACAAAUCUAUAAAGGUAGGAGGGAUAAAAAUCAAACCUUCCGUUCUUUUGUGCCCAUCACUUAGGCAUAUGCCAGGUGUACCUAGAAGAUCUACGAAGAACGGGUUAUUAUAUAAACUUCACAAAAUCAGACUAUUUUACGUAGCGAUAAAACCCUAAUCCACUCUCCACAUCAGUGUUCUACAAAACCAGCAAGUGUGAGAAGAUCCCUACAUUUGGAUACAAUGUUCUCCAAGAGAAUCUUUGCUGCUCUGGGUUGCGAAGACAAGGUUUUUCCUUUUGGAUAAUCUAUCAUCAGACUUCAAUAGGUAAGGAGUUCUCAUCCUGUUAUCUGCUGCCCUGCCUGGGGCAGAUAAUGGCUUGUCGAUGUGGCUGCUGUUGCGGUUUUGGUCACCUGAAUGAAGACAACGGUAGAUUUCUUUUGCUGGCACUUCUCAUAAUUUUGUACUUGCUCUGUGGCGCCGCCAUAUUUUCUGCCAUCGAGCAUCCCAAGGAGAAGGAAGCUAAGGAGAGGUGGCAACAUAAACUAGACAACUUCACUCAGAAAUAUAAUCUCAGCAAAACUGAUCUACACAACUUUCUUCGGGACUAUGAGGAGGCAAAUGUCGCUGGGAUUAGAGUGGACGCCAUUAGACCAAGGUGGGAUUUUCCUGGGGCUUUCUAUUUUGUAGGAACAGUGGUCUCAACAAUUGGCUUUGGAAUGACAACCCCAGCCACGAUUGCGGGGAAAAUUUUUCUAAUCUUCUAUGGUCUUGUUGGAUGUGCAGCAACCAUCUUAUUUUUUAACCUCUUCCUGGAACGCUUGAUCACGGUUAUUGCUUAUAUAAUGAAAUCAUUUCACGAGAGACAAUUAAGAAGAAAGGAUGGUCAGCCCCCAGAAAUGCGACGGGGCUCUGGUAACUCAGAGGUGGAUAGUCUAGCUGGAUGGAAACCUUCUGUGUACUAUGUAAUGCUCAUUCUGUGCGUGGCAUCCAUUAUCAUAUCCUGUUGUGCCUCUGCCAUGUACUCGCCAAUCGAAAAAUGGGGCUACUUUGAUUCACUUUAUUUCUGCUUUGUUGCCUUCAGCACUAUAGGUUUCGGUGAUAUGGUUAGUAGUCAAAAAGCCAAAUAUGAAAACCAAGGACUGUACCGGUUUGGUAAUUUUAUAUUUAUACUUAUGGGUGUCUGCUGUAUGUAUUCAUUGUUUAAUGUUAUUUCUAUAGUCAUUAAGCAGUGUGUUAACUGGAUAUUAAAGAAGUUAGACUGCAGGUGCUGCCAAAAAUGCCAAAGAAAAAUAUUUAGGCCUAAGAGGAACGUGGUAAUGCCAGGAAACAUUCGAACUAGACGGAACAUCUCGAUCGAAACUGAUGGUAUUUACGAGAGUGAAACAGACGGGAGGCGGAUGUCCGGAGAAAUGAUCUCCAUGAAGGAUUUCUUGGCUUCAAAUAAAGUUUCAUUGGCUAUCAUGCAGAAGCAACUCUCAGAAACGGCCAAUGGUUGUCCACGGCAAAUUGGCACAAGUUCUAGACACAAUGGGUUCUCGGGUGGUGUGGGGGCAUUAGCAAUUAUGAAUAAUCGCCUUGCAGAGACUAGUGUGGACCGGUGAUGGAAUGAAAUGGAAUAUAAAAGCAUGACUGUGUUUGCAGUGUCAAUGGAGGUUAUAUAUGAAAAUCAAUUCUCAAAGCAAAAUGAGUAGCAAUCAUCAUGAAUGAACCUUUGAUAGGUUUCCAAGGUGAUUGUCCCUCUUUUAGAAUGUUGACCUAAGAUUACUACUUAGUCUUAACUCCAUGUAAGGCUAGUGUGGAGAUCACUGUUAGAAUAUUGUGCCCCAGUUCUAUCACUGAUUUUAUGUUUUUGCACAUAAAUCUCAAUACCCAACAGUGAUUAGAAACCUUAAUUAAUCUACACAUCUUUGCUGCUAGUAGAGUCUUAUUAUAUGUGCAUACAGGUUUGAUGUUCCUGUGACGCCAUAUGGUAUUUUUUCUUAAUAGACUGAGGCAGAGUUUGAUAACAUGUGUUUGUUCUGGUACCACAACAAGUUGGAUAAUAAAUGCAACCUUUCACAGACAUAAUUUUAGCAUAUAAAAAGAUUCUUCUAUAGAUGUGUGCACCCUAGAACUCUAAUCCAAUACAUGUGGGAUGGCAAGAGGCUAUAACUAAGGAACAUUUGUGUUUAAGAAUAGGCCCACUAUACUGAAAACUAUAGCUGAACUCAUUCGGAUAUGUAUAUCAAGUUUAGUUUGAUUGAAUUUAUUUGUAGAGUACUCUACUACAAAGAAUACAAGAAU